AUGGAUGGCUGCAAGAGGCACAGAGGUGGCUUGAGGAUGCUGGAUGCAGACAGACCAACGGGAGACCCUACAGCAGUUCAGAGAGGCAGGAGACCCGCCCAGAGGGCCCAGUACAGCAUCCCGGGCAUUCUGCACUUCUUGCAGCAUGAGUGGGCCCGGUUCGAGGUGGAGAGAGCUCAGUGGGAGGUGGAGCGAGCUGAGCUGCAGGCACAGAUCGCCUUUCUUCAAGGUGAAAGGAAAGGGCAAGAGAACUUGAAAAAAGACCUAGUUAGAAGAAUAAAAAUGUUGGAAUAUGCUUUAAAGCAGGAAAGGUCAAAAUAUCACAAACUGAAGUAUGGAACAGAGUUAAAUCAAGGAGAUUUGAAGCCUCCUAAUUAUGAUUCUGAUGAAACAAAUGAGGCGGAUGUCCAGCAACCACCACAGAACAGCCAGUUUAUAUGGAAACAGAGUCGACAGUUACUAAGACAGUAUUUGCAAGAGGUCGGCUACACAGACACCAUAUUGGAGGUGAAGUCAAAGCGGGUUCGUGCUUUGCUAGGUCUUUCUGCUGAUUCUUCAGACAAGCUUACAGACACAAAUCAAGACUCCAUGGUAAAUGGCACCGAGACUGAGCUUCCCAAUCCUCUCAUCAUAGGGAAACCAGAUAUGACAGACUCUGCUUCUGUGCUUGAGACCUUUAAAUUUCUGGAAAAUGCUGCAGCUGAGUUUAGUGAUGAAGAGGACGAUGAAGAAAAUGAUGGCAGAGACAAGACUGUGAUUGAUUCUGCAACGAUUGUAAGGAGAAGAGUUAUGCCUGAUCCCAAUGAAGACAGGGACACAGAAGAGGCUUUAAAGGAGUUUGACUUUUUGGUAUCAGAUGAUACUGAUGGAGGAGAAUCGAGAAGUGCGGGUGAUGGCACUGAGUGGGAAAAGGAAGACCAGUGUCCCAUACCGGAAUCCUGGAAUGUCGAUCAGGGAGUAAUAACCAAACUCAAGGAACAGUACAAAAAGGAGCGCAAGGGGAAAAAAGGGGUGAAGAGAAAAACCUCAGAAGAAAUGUCUCAGCCUGUGUCCCACAUAAAACAAUCAAAACAGGGCUGUGGGAGCAUGUUGGAGAAAAGCUCAGGGCCAAACAGAUCGAAACUCCAAGAUAUGCUGGCAAAUCUUCGGGAUGUCGACGAAUUGCCAUCAUUACAGCCAUCCGUGGUGUCCUCUUCACGGCCAGCAAGCUCACGCCUCAGCGAACAGGAAAUUAACAGAACAGAUGAAGUUGAAGCAUUAACAUUUCCACCAUCAUCUGGAAAAUCUUUUAUUAUGGGACCUGAUGAAGCAUUAGAAAAUGAAAUGGGUUUAGGAGAAUUGGCAGGACUUACAGUAGCCAAUGAGGCAGACUCCUUGACAUAUGAUAUUCCAAACAAUAAAGAUGCCCUUAGAAAAACCUGGAAUCCUAAAUUUACUCUUAGAAGUCAUUUCGAUGGAAUUCGGGGCCUUGCAUUCCAUCCAACGGAGCCAGUCUUGAUAACUGCAUCAGAAGACCAUACAUUAAAAAUGUGGAAUCUACAAAAGACUGCUCCAGCAAAAAAAAGCGCAGCUCUUGACGUUGAACCAAUUUACACAUUCAGAGCACACAGAGGUCCAGUUCUGUGUGUGGUUACGAGCAGUAACGGGGAGCAGUGUUACAGUGGAGGAACAGAUGGCAUUAUCCAGAGCUGGAAUACACCAAAUCCGAAUGUCGAUCCAUAUGAUUCUUAUGAUCCUUCUGUACUACGAGGGGCAUAUGAAGGCCACACCGAUGCUGUGUGGGGCUUGGUGUACAGCACAGCUCACCAGCGCUUGUUGUCUGCCUCAGGAGAUGGCACAAUAAGAGUUUGGAAUGCUUUGGAAGCCUCUCCUGCAUUAACCAUAUUUAAUGACAGCCAAGAAUUCGGUAUUCCCGCGUCUUUGGACCUAGUAAGUAGCGAUCCAGCCCAUAUGGUUGCAUCAUUUAGCAAUGGUCACACAAGCAUCUUUAACUUGGAAACACACCAGAAAGUUCUAACAUUAGAGUCUUGCAUAGAUACAGGUGUUAAUUCUAGCUGCCAGAUAAAUAGAGUAAUCAGCCAUCCGACUCUUCCAAUCAGCAUCACUGCUCAUGAAGAUCGUCACAUCAAAUUUUAUGAUAACAAUACAGGAAAACUGAUUCAUUCAAUGGUUGCUCAUUUAGAUGCCGUAACAAGUUUAGCUGUUGAUCCUAAUGGAUUGUACCUGAUGUCUGGAAGUCAUGACUGUUCUAUACGUUUAUGGAACUUGGAAAGCAAGACGUGCAUACAGGAAUUUACAGCUCAUCGAAAGAAAUCUGAUGAAUCAAUCCACGAUGUAGCAUUCCACCCAUCAAAAUGCUACAUAGCCAGUGCGGGCGCUGAUGCCCUUGCCAAAGUUUUUGUAUGACAUCAAUAUUACUAGUAGCUUUUAAUUUACCCAAGCAGCCAUGUGAAACCAGAGACAUUAAACUAAUGCCAGAAGAUUUGAUUUAGCCGGACCGCCUUCUCUUGUGUUCAGUGAUCAGAAUAAGAUACACAAAUAAUGUUUUGGGUUUAGUUUUGCUGGGUGCUGUUUUCUAAUUUAAUGGUUUGUUCAGGGUGCUGCGAACUCGACUGGAGCUUGGAGCCAGGAUUCUGUCUUGCAAAUGACCUCUGAGUUACGGUAGCAGAGUUUUAUUUUUAAGAGUGCGCAUUUGACCAGGCAGGCCUGGAUCAAAUUAGCUCCAAUCUGCCAGCAUGUAACGUGGUUGUGGCAACUGGAACAGAUUAUGGGAAAGCUGACCAUUGGAAUGCCAAGUAACCACAUGAUAGGAAAUGCAGCAGGAGUACUCGCCACUCCCGUUUCCCACCAACAGCAGCUCUAGAAAGUUUUUGGGGUUUCUUUUAAACAUGGACCUGCCCAAUUCUAAUCGCACGGCUUUCUAAUUGUGAAGCAGCUAAUCCAGAGAGGGAAUGAGAGUUCCUAUCUAUUGGGCAGAUAGUAACACCUCAGAUCAGUGUAUAAAAGUACAACAGAACAUAUAUUUGAAGAAUUUUAUGACUAUAGAGAUUUGUGCCCUUUGAAUGUACUUUUAAAAAAAAUAUAUUAGGUUUCUUAGAGGGAAACAUGCGUUGAAUAUAUUGCCUAUAAUGUGCACCAUCACACACAUAUUGAUCUUCUCUUCUUUACUGUUUGCUUAGAAAUUUACAAUUUUGUUUUUUCAAUCCUACAUGGUUUUGCUGCAGGUUUGUUUUUGUUUUUGUUUUUUUGUAUCAGUGUAUUGCUGGUACUCAAAAUUUAGUGUUUUUAGAAUUGUUUUCAUUCCAUGAAAUGGACAAAACUUGACCGUAAGGGGAAAAAUGGUUGAUGCUAGAAAAUAAGACUUUACAUGAGUUUCUGAAAUCCAUCCUUUGGUUACUAUCAAAAAUUUCCUCCCAGUUACUUCGUACCCAUUAUCUUAUCAGACAGUAAGUUCUUAUGCAUGUAU